AUGCGUAAUGGUUACAGUAAUGGAACAAAUCGUAGUAAUGGUUUUCGUCGUGAUGCUGGCUUAAAUGAUUUAAAAAUUGCUCAUGCAAUUAAAGCUACACAAGUUUCAAAACCAUAUCCAAAAAUAAAACAUGCUGGUGCACGUUAUGUUGUGGAUUACGAUGCACAAACUCGAUUGGAAUUAAUCCAUCGUAAGGAUGAGGAUAAAUUGUAUGAAGCAUUUGAUGAAAAUAAGAAACGAGAAUAUGAUCAAUUUGAAAAGGAAACUAAGGAAGAAUGGGAACAAGCAUUGGCUGAUUUUGCUCAAAAAUACGAAAAAGGUCAAGUUGGUAGUAGGAAUAAGGAGGAUUUAAUUAGGCAUUUGACAAUUAAGCGUGACAAAAAAUUGGAAACAUUACAUCAGCAACGAAAAGAACGUGAACGUUUGCAAACGGUGGAAUUACUUGAUCGACAAGCUAAAGAAAUGUUGGACUUAUUUAAGCAAGCAAGAGUGGAAUGUGAUGAUUCCUCAUCUCAUGGACCACCAUCCUAUCCAACAACACCACCACCACCACAACCACCAAUUUGUAGUAAACGUGACAUUUAUACCAAUACAAUGGUAUUUGAAGCAAUCGAUGAAGUAGCAAUUACUAUGGCACAAUCAGAAAUUACAACAUUUACUGAAUUAAUUCGAACAUUAACAGCUAAUGCACGAAAUGAUAUUGAAAAAGCAAGAGCAAUUUAUCGAUGGAUUACAAUCAAAAAUUUGAAUGUUAUGCAAUUUGGAAGCCAUUUAGAUAGUAAUACACCGAUGGGUUUAUUGCGUGGAAUUAAAUAUGGUACCGAAAGUUAUCAUGUUUUAUUUAAACGAUUAUGCAGUUAUGCUGGACUACAUUGUGUUGUUAUCAAAGGUUACAGUAAAUCAGCAGGUUAUCAACCCGGUUAUCGAUUUGAUGAUAACAGAUUCCGGAAUACUUGGAAUGCUGUUUAUCUUAGUGGCUCAUGGCGUUUUGUUCAAUGCAAUUGGGGUGCUAGGCAUUUAGUAAAUGCAAAAGAAGGAAGUACACGAACAAGUAGCAAAAGUGACAGCUUACGUUACGAAUAUGAUGAUCACUAUUUCAUGACUGAUCCUCAGGAAUUUAUUUACGAAUUUUUCCCGCUAGAAUCGGAAUGGCAAUUAUUAAAAAAUCCGAUAACACUACGACAAUUUGAAUCAUUGCCAUUCGUACGGUCACUUUUCUUCCGUUACGGUUUAACUUUUUCUGAUCCAAAUUUACAAGCUGUUGUACAGGCGGAUCGAAGUGGAGCAGCAACAAUUUCGGUCACCAUGUCAAAUGGAGCAUUGAAUUCGUUGAUAUUUCACUAUAAUCUUAGAUAUUUUGAUGGUGAUGAUGUUGAAACGAAUGGUUAUAACUUAAAACGGUUCGUUAUGCAAUCUGUUAUUGGUGAUUCGGCUAUUUUCCGCGUUCAUUGUCCAUCUACAAGAUCACUACUAUUGGAUAUUUUUGCAAAUGCUGUAUCACCUGGUCAUUAUUUAACUGGUCAACCGAUUAAAUUCAAAAGUAUUUGCAAAUUUAAGAUUAUUUGUGAAAGGUUAAAUGUAAUCAUGGUACCAUUACCUGAAUGUGCAAGCGGUGAAUGGGGUCCAGCAAAAGCAUAUCGUUUAUUUGGUUUGAUACCGUUGACACAUGAAGAUGCAAUCAUUAACUGUGGUCGAAUACUUGAAAUUAAUUUUAGAAUGAUGAAACCGUUGGCAGAAUUUGUGGCAUCAUUGCAUAAGAAUCGAGUGGACGAUCGUAACCUGCAAGGUCAUUGUCAUACAUUCAUCCGUGGUGACAUCGUUAGGAUUCAGAUUGACUUUUAUGAAGAUGGACAGUACGGUCUUGAUAUUUAUACAAGGGAAAAUUCAUCGACAAUAUCAAAUGGUGGCAAACAAUUAUUAACACAUUGCUGUAAAUAUCUUAUUAAUGUACGAAUGUAA